UAAUGAGAUGGUUUUGUCAUGGAAAGAUUUAAGGACACCCAUGUGAUCAGAAGGGAUUGCGUCAGAAAAACAGUGAAACAAUUUCUACAAGACUGGCCUAUGUUUCAAUAUCUCCGGAGAGAAGUUUUGGUUAACCUGGAUUUUGAGAUACUAUUUCCUGACAAAGCUCUUAGUUUAUACAACAAUUAAGAUAAUGUACUUGAGAAAAUUGUUGAACUGAGGGGACUUCAUCAAGGGAUCCCACUGUGACCCAGUUUUUAAAGGAAACUUCUUCGAUGCAAGGUAAAUUUUUUUGUUAAUAUAAAUAUCUGAAUAAUAUAUAUUCAACUUUCAAAUUGGUACAAUCAUUACAUAGUUUUAC